CACCUCCUAUAAAAAGAUAUUUCAAUCAACCUUCUGCCGGCAAGAAUUCCGGGAACACUUCAUGUGUUUAGAGCAUAAGUUUGUGACAUCUGUUGUUUAUAUUUUCUGAGACUAUGAAAGCACAACGGUGAAAGAGCAGUCACGAGUGCUAACAGAUCAGUUAUAAAAAGGAUUGUCUAACUAUCAACAACAUUCGUAAUAACUGGAAUAGACUACUGAAAAUUAAAUUACAUUUAGACAAGAGAAAAAUCACAGCACUGAAGGAAGAGACCACAGGAAGAAACCACCAAAAAUAAUAAUAAAAUACCACAAUAAGAAACCACCAAAAGAAAACCAGAGUGGAAAGAAGUGUGAGAAACAAUGAAAGGGAAGUCGAAAGUCGACUCAAUUAUUAUAUCACCGGACGCAACUGACCAUGGCGCCACUGGAGGCAGCUCAUCUCACAUCCACUCUCUCCAGGUCCAGUCAGUGGAAGAUGAAUCCACCAACUCCACCAGCGACACACCAGCGGUCAGCACAGUAGCCUCGCCCACUAAGGUCGCCCCCGAGCAAGGGAUUAAACCAAGCAGCGCCCCCGAGCAAGGGAUUAAACCAAGCAGCGCCCCCGAGCAAGGGAUUAAACCAAGCAGCGCCCCCCAGCGAGGGAUUAAAGCUAACAGCAGCGCCGGCGACCUGCUAGCAGCGUCAAGCCAAGCCAACAGGGACAGGAUCUGUAGCACAUUUAUCACACAAACACACAGCGGGAGCACCAGCAGUCUUAACAGAGUCGGUGCGUCGAGAACGUUAUCUGCGUCGUCUGGCUCCGCCAUGGACGAUAACUCUUCCAAAAAUGACUCGUCAUCGGAGGUGAGUAAACCCAGAUUUAUGACUUUCCUGAAGAGAAAGAUCCAGUCCAGGCGUGGCAAGAAAGAGACCACGGUCAAGGAGAUCUCCAUCACGCCAGAGCGCGAUGGCCAGUGGGCGGUCAAAAACGUCACGCCCCCGGGCAGCGGCAGUAACUCUCGCGCCGGCAGCGGUAACGCGAGCUUCAACGGCGCCAGGGAGAGCCCCAACCUGGUUGUCGUUCAUGAUAUGGAUAAUGAGUACAACCCCGAGUACAGAUAGUGUGGUCAAAGUGCUGUAACUCCAUUAGAAUGAUGAGAAUACAGUAUGGUCAAAGGUCCGUAACUCCAUCAGACAGACAUGCAAAGUUCGGUAACUCCAUUAGUAAGAAGUGAAUACAGUGUGGUCAAAGUUCGGUAACUCCAUUAGUAAGAAGUGAAUACAGUGUGGUCAAAGUUCGGUAACUCCAUUAGUAAGAAGUGAAUACAGUGUGGUCAAAGUUCGGUAACUCCAUUAGAAAGACAUGAUUAUAGAUUAUAGACAGUGUGGUCAAAGUUCAGUAACUCUA